UGUGGAGCAGUGGUAUGGUCGUCGGGACACUCGGUCGUCCUCGUCGUCGUCGUCGUCGUCGUCGUCGCCGUCGGUGGUGCUCAGCCGAUUAGGUUAAGAGGAGCGGGCGCGCGCGGACGCACGGAUAUAAGGGAGAAGAGAAAGAAGAGGAAAAAAUAAAACGGUCGUCCGCGUCGUUGUCGUCAUCGCGCAUCGUUCGCUCGCGUUUCGUUCGCAUACGCGAUCGCGACCCGCGCUUGCUACGUCCGCACCGCUACACGCACUUAUACUGUUAAAAAAAAAAGUAAUAAAAAGAAUACAAUUGUAUACAUAUAUAUGUGCAUAUAUAUGUAUACAUAAAUAAAUACAUAUAAGAGAGGGAGUAUAUAUAAAUAUAAGCGAGGAGAAAACGGGAAGAACACGUCUCGCGUACUUGUGUGCAUUCGUACGAGCGCGCGUAUGUGACACGCGGUAGUCAGUGCGUUCAGUGAGAGUUGUGUCUCCUGCCUGUUUCCCUAUUGCUCCGGCCAUCCCUUUCGAUCACGGACUCCAACUGGAAGCGAUACACACCUGCGGCAUCAGUGGCGGCGGCGGCAGCGGCUGCCGCCGAGGGUGGUGAGAGCGAAUCAACACGGCGCAAGCCCUCGGAUCACCAGGAUCGGGUGUUCGUGGCUGGUUUACUGCGCGUACCGCGAUAGCUGCGUGGACAGGAAAGCGAAGCGCCUUCGCUGAGGACGCCGUUUUCGGAAUUCGGUGAUUCUAGCGUGUCCAGCAGAGACGUAUAUACAUUUGCCUCGGGGUAGACUUGUGAAGGGGAUAGCGAAUCCUCAGUCGGACAGUAGUGAGUCGAUCAGAACGAUGCUGAUCGAGUGAUUCUUUAUUAAAAGGUGCUUGAGAAUAAGCUAAAAGGCACUUUUUUGGGGGGGGAGGGGGCGGCAAACAAGUACAGACUUUAUUGGACGACAUUGAAGAAAGAUUGUAAUAGGGUGAUAGAAAGAGACGGCGAGAUAGAAAGAGAAAGAGAAAGAGAGGGAGAGAAAGAGGAAGAGAGAGAGGAGGGGAGAGCAAGGAAGAGUGUGAGAGGUGGUGAAAGAAAGAGAGAGAGAGAGGGGGGGAGGUUGAGAGGCUGAGAGUGGAAGACGAGCUCUGAGUGUCAGCGAGUGUGCGUGGCAGGUGAGCAGAAACGAAGAAGGAAAAAAGAGAUUCGGUGAUUUUCUCUUUGAACUCAGCGCACGUUCGCAAAAGAAGAAAAGAGGAAGGAAGAAGCUCGCGGUAGCUGCAUAUCGCGAGGACGCGGGCCGUGCACACGGGUCCCUCUUAGCGCGUGUCGCGCAUCUCCCGGGGGCGGCGCGAAAUUAUGAAGCGCAUAAAGUGCGUCCUACUGGCUGCCGCAGCUGCCGUUUGUGAUUGUGAUAGUCGCCGGUGAAUGUGUGACCCGGGGGCAGCAGAGAUCCGCCGGGAUGACGACCGAAGGGACGACCGUGCAGCCCCCGGUAGACUGCCUCAAGGAGCGGAAAUGGUGGUGCUUCCUGCUGUCGAGCAUCUUCACCUUCCUCGCCGGACUGCUGAUCGUGCUUCUUUGGCGUGCGUUCGCCUUCCUCUGCUGUCGCAAGGAGCCCGAGCUCUCUCCAAAUGACCCGAAGCAGAAGGAGCAGAAGACGGCCCGGCAGAACAAGGAGUUCGAGGGGACUUUUAUGACCGAAGCCAAGGACUGGGCCGGCGAGCUGAUUUCCGGACAGACCACCACUGGACGUAUCCUGGUGGUGUUAGUUUUCAUUCUCAGUAUAGCAUCGCUUAUAAUAUACUUCAUCGAUGCCUCCAGCGAAGUGGUGGAGCGUUGCCAGAAGUGGAGCAACAACAUUACUCAGCAGAUAGACUUAGCUUUCAAUAUAUUUUUUAUGGUCUACUUUUUUAUACGCUUUAUCGCCGCCAGUGACAAGCUGUGGUUCAUGUUGGAAAUGUAUUCGUUCGUGGACUACUUUACGAUACCACCGUCCUUCGUGUCGAUAUAUCUCGAUCGGACGUGGAUCGGACUGAGGUUCCUCCGAGCCCUACGACUGAUGACGGUCCCUGACAUCCUCCAGUACCUUAACGUUCUAAAGACAUCGAGCUCUAUUCGUCUCGCUCAACUCGUCUCCAUCUUCAUUUCGGUCUGGUUAACCGCUGCUGGCAUCAUUCAUUUGCUUGAAAACUCAGGGGACCCUUUCGACUUCUCGAACCCACAAAAGCUUCCGUACUGGACCUGUGUGUACUUUCUGAUCGUGACGAUGUCCACGGUAGGAUAUGGCGACGUUUACUGCCAGACGGUCCUCGGCCGCACAUUCCUAGUAUUUUUUCUACUCGUCGGUUUGGCAAUUUUUGCUAGUAGCAUACCCGAGAUAAUAGAGCUCGUAGGCAGUAGGUCCAAGUACAGCGGCGAGUACAAGCGGGAGCAUGGAAAGAGACAUAUUGUCGUGUGCGGUCACAUCACCUAUGAAUCGGUCUCGCACUUCCUCAAGGAUUUCCUACACGAGGAUCGCGAGGACGUCGACGUAGAGGUUGUCUUCUUGCAUAGGAAACCGCCUGAUCUCGAACUGGAAGGACUGUUCAAGCGGCACUUCACCACCGUGGAGUUCUUUCAGGGGACCAUCAUGAACCCGAUUGAUCUGCAGCGGGUUAAGGUACACGAGGCGGACGCGUGCUUGGUACUGGCGAACAAGUACUGCCAGGACCCGGACGCGGAAGACGCGGCGAACAUCAUGCGCGUCAUCUCCAUCAAGAACUAUUCGGAUGACAUUCGCGUUAUCAUUCAAUUAAUGCAGUAUCACAACAAGGCCUACUUAUUAAACAUUCCAUCGUGGGACUGGAAGCAGGGUGACGACGUUAUAUGCCUGGCUGAGUUGAAACUAGGUUUCAUCGCGCAGUCCUGCCUCGCGCCUGGAUUCAGCACAAUGAUGGCCAAUCUCUUCGCGAUGCGUUCCUUUAAGACGUCGCCGGACACACAGGCGUGGCAGAAUGAUUACCUGCAGGGCACGGGCUGCGAGAUGUACACGGAAACCCUCUCCCCGUCCUUUACCGGGAUGACAUUUCCCCAAGCCAGCGAGUUGUGCUUCACGAAACUGAAGCUCUUGCUGCUGGCCAUCGAGAUAAAGGGUGAAGCGGGCUCCGACAGCAAAAUCUCAAUCAAUCCACGUGGUGCCAAGAUCGCUGCAAAUACUCAGGGAUUCUUCAUUGCUCAAUCUGCUGACGAAGUAAAGCGGGCGUGGUUCUAUUGCAAAGCAUGCCACGACGAGAUUAAAGACGAGACUCUGAUCAAGAAGUGCAAGUGCAAAAAUUAUGUGGGGAUGAUGAUGAUGCAGACUGGCAUGGUGAAGGGAAACACUGCCUACAGCAGUUAUCUCGACGACGACCACCAUCCUCCCCCCACAUUCACUCCGCCAGAACUGCCCAAGAUGGUUCACGUAAGAGGUGAAAUCAGCCGUGAACGAGACGAUCCGAAUGCCAUGAGAAAUCAUCGGAAUUCCGUUGGGAUGACCCUGAUAAAUUCGACGAAGCAAGUCAACAAGGUGAAGCCGAACGUGAAUCGAGCGACAAACGACAGUCUGUCCAGCCCGAAUCAACCGUAUAAUCAGAGAUCGCAAGAGGAGUCCGCAUACGCUGGCUACCAUCUCGCCUACGAAGUCAAAAAGCUCAUGCCAACGAGCAGAGCCUCGGGUAGCACGAACGUUAACAACAACGGCGGUCUUCAGGUCGGGAUCGCUGACGAUCAAGCGAAAGAUUUCGAUUUCGAGAAGACCGAGAUGAAGUACGACUCGACGGGGAUGUUCCACUGGAGCCCCUCCCGUAAUCUCGAAGACUGCAUACUGGAUCGUAAUCAGGCGGCGAUGACAGUACUUAACGGACACGUUGUUGUCUGCCUGUUCGCCGAUCCCGACUCGCCUCUCAUCGGACUGAGGAACCUUGUCAUGCCAUUACGAGCUUCCAAUUUUCAUUACCACGAGCUUAAACACGUAGUGAUAGUUGGAUCGGUGGACUACAUACGCCGCGAGUGGAAAAUGCUGCAAAAUCUACCAAAAAUAUCGGUUCUAAAUGGUUCACCAUUAAGUAGAGCCGAUUUGCGUGCCGUUAACGUGAAUCUGUGCGACAUGUGUUGCAUCCUGUCGGCUAAAGUGCCUAGCAAUGAUGACCCCACCCUCGCCGACAAGGAGGCCAUCCUCGCAUCCCUCAAUAUCAAGGCCAUGACUUUCGAUGAUACAAUCGGCGUACUUAGCCAAGUUGGCAGCCCGAUCGUUUUGCAGCGACGGGGAUCCGUUUAUGGAGCAAAUGUGCCAAUGAUCACAGAGCUUGUGAAUGACAGCAACGUGCAGUUCCUUGACCAGGACGACGACGAUGACCCAGACACGGAACUCUACCUCACUCAACCGUUCGCCUGCGGCACUGCCUUCGCAGUCAGCGUAUUGGAUUCCCUCAUGUCGACGACGUACUUCAACCAAAAUGCGUUAACUCUGAUUCGGUCACUGAUCACCGGUGGAGCUACACCUGAGUUGGAAUUGAUCCUGGCUGAAGGGGCAGGCUUAAGGGGAGGGUAUAGUACGGCAGAUAGCCUGGCUAAUAGGGAUCGGUGUCGUGUUGGUCAGAUCGCGUUGUACGACGGGCCAUUGGCUCAAUAUGGCGAGGGAGGCAAGUACGGUGACCUCUUUGUCGCAGCAUUAAAGUCGUACGGAAUGCUGUGCAUUGGUCUGUACAGGUACAGGUUUCGAGACACUAGCUCGUCGUGCGACGCCUCUUCCAAGCGAUACGUGAUCACAAAUCCACCCGAUGACUUCACAUUAUUACCCACAGAUCAGGUUUUCGUGCUGAUGCAAUUCGACCCGGGUCUUGAAUACAGGCCGAGCAGGGGUGCCCGUGGCAAGGACGACUCCUCCUGAUUGUUGCUGUGUAGCGCCCUCACCGAUGGACCAUAUUCUUACAUCUAAUCAUGCGUUAGAAACCAUCGUGCAGUCCGUCGUCCCUACAGCUGUCCUGUCUUCGUCGACAAACGCUACUGUCUCAUGAUAUCGCGCAUUAUCAACGAGUCUAUCGCGAGUUAUUGUUCACAAGGCGGAUUGCAACCAUGUCCAUUCCCUCGAUUGACCGAUAUACAUUCAGCGACAAUGCAUAGCAAAUUACGCAACGCUUAUUCGCCAAUUCGAUCGCUCCUAAAACGGUUUACCUCGCUCGCCCCGCAUGGAAAUCGUUUUCACCGAGUCGUCGAGAAGUGAACGCUCGAUCGUCGGAAUGAGGACUCGGAGAAAAAGAAGCCUAAUGAACAAAGCUAUCGAAGAGAAGCGAGAAGGAUGAAGAGGAGAUAUACGCGAGAAGAGGAGGACAAUGGAAGGGGCAACGGAAAGUGGCAUGAUGCUAUGCGGUCCGAGGGUAGCUACACAUCUCUCUUUCUUUAUUCGAGCCAAUCAUCUUCGCUCGAGAACGAUGCUAUAAAGGACUGAAUCAGACAUUUCGCAAAGCGUAACACUGUGUUAUUAAGCCCCCCUAACGACCCCACUUUGCGGCUGAGAAGGUGGAAAGUGAACGGGAGGGGAGGGGGGGGGGAAGGGACAUAUAGCUUAAAAUUUUAGCACGUGGCUUAGCCUCAACGAGCGCUGUGGAAUUGCAGUAUCCUGCGCGGUGGUAAACGGAAAAACAAUCGCCGUCACAGUAAAAUUUCCGGUUUCCUUCUUUUCUCCGGCACGUGUUAAUGUAUAUAAUACGCAAUAUAUACCCAGAGAGAAGACCGUCGUUCAAUGUGCUGUGAGAGGGCGACGGGACGACGGGAGGAGGCGGAGGAGUGCGGCGAACUUGGACACAUUUCCCGAUGUUAUCCCCACAUCGAGAGACUCCUCUCAUCCCGAUCUCGCGUCGGGCUCUCGUGGACGGUGCCGGACUAUUACACGCAACCCUUACCUCGUGUGUCUUGUUUUACGACUUAACGAAACCGAAA